AUGUCUGACGUUGAAGAACAACCAGUUGUCGAAGAAGUUGCCGUUGAACAACAAGAAUCCGGCUCUAUUUCCAUCGAGGAUGCUUUAAAAGUUGUCUUAAGAACUUCCUUAGUUCACGAUGGUUUAGCUAGAGGUUUAAGAGAAGCCUCUAAGGCUUUAUCUAGAGGUGAAGCUCAAUUAUGUGUCUUAUGUGACUCUGUUACCGAAGAAUCUAUUAUUAAGUUAGUUGAAGCUUUAUGUAACGAACCAGAAGAAAAGAUCCCAUUGAUCAAGGUCUCUGACGCCAAAUUAUUAGGUGAAUGGGCUGGUUUAUGUCAAUUAGACAGAGAAGGUAACGCCAGAAAGGUCGUUGGUGCUUCUUGUGUUGUUGUCAAGAACUGGGGUAACGAUUCCGAUGAAAGAAACAUUUUAUUGGAACACUUCUCCCAACAAUAA